GAGCAUGCGGUGUCCAGUGAGGAUGCUACAACUGGCUUGAGAAUAUGCCGUUCCUCCCUCCCUUUUCCACCAUGGAGCCCAUACUGUGGCCUUCCUCUCAGAACCACUGAGAUCGGUACCCAGACAAGGCACAAUGUCCCUACCCCCCAUGAGACUGCCCAGCCCCUACGCCUCUGAUCGGCUGGUACGGCUGGCAGCCAGGCUCCGGCCGGCACUAUGUGAUACCCUGAUCACUGUGGGAAGCCAAGAGUUUCCAGCCCACAGCCUGGUGCUAGCAGGUGUGAGCCAGCAGCUGGGUCACAGGGGCUGGUGGGCUUUGGCGGAAGGCAUCAGCCCUUCCACUUUUGCCCAGCUUCUGCAGUUUGUUUACGGGGAGAGUGUGGAGCUGCACUCUGGGGAGCUGGGAGCCCUUGAGGAGGCGGCCAGAGCCCUGGGGGUCCAGGCCCUGGAAGAAGCAUGCAGAAGGGCUCGAAGGGACAGGACUAAUGAGGAGCAGGAACCAGGGCCGAAGAAACAUCAGGAGGAGCCAGAAAAACCCCUAAGGGAUUCUGAGAGGGAACUGGGGGGCCCUGGAGAGAAGCAGAGGCCAGAGUUUUUCAGAGCUGGUGGGAGAGAACAGGAACCACGGCACAAGCACUGGCCACCAGGAGAGAGCCAUGAGGUGACAGGGGCAAAGCGAGAGGGUCAUGGGAAACAAAUGAGAUCAAAGGAGAAACUCAGCCAAUCCUCUGUUGGCCACGGGGAAGAAGAUGGGAAGCCAGGAGCUGUCGUGUGGUUGAGGGAGAGUCCAGGGGGCUCUGAGGAAAGUCUGUGGGAGUCCCCUAGCCCCCUUCCCCAACCAGGUUCCCUCCAAGCCAGCAUCGUCCCCAGGCCCUGGUGGGCUGAGGCCCCCUGGUUGGGGGAGGGCCAGCCUGCCCUGCAGAGCAUCCUGCUGUUGCCGCCCAGAUAUGGCACUCCCUUCUCCCCCAGCACCCCCAUCACCCCCAUCACCGGAUCCCGGCAGGAGGUCUGGCCUCAGGACCAGAGGAUCCCACUGCCCCUGAACCUCCAGAAAGGGCUCUGGAGCCAGAACCUAUUGGCCUCCUCCAGCCCCACCCCAGGCUCGACUGCAACCUCUGUGGGUCAUAAUGGCAAAGCGGGCCGCGUAUCUCACCAACAUCCUCCCCCGCCCCCUCCUGCUCGCGUUCGGCCCUAUUCUUGCUCUGUCUGUGGAAAGAGGUUUUCACUCAAGCAUCAGAUGGAGACACACUACCGAGUCCACACAGGUGAGAAACCAUUCUCCUGUAGCCUCUGCCCUCAGCGCUCCCGGGACUUCUCUGCCAUGACCAAGCAUCUUCGGACCCAUGGGGCUGCGCCCUACCGCUGCCCUCUGUGUCUGGCCGGCUGCCCCAGCCUGGCCUCCAUGCAGGCUCACAUGCGCGGCCACUCGCCCAGCCAGCUCCCACCAGGAUGGACCAUUCGCUCCACCUUCCUCUAUUCCUCCUCUUCCAGGCCAUCCCGGGCCUCGCCCUCUCCCUGCAGCCCCCCUUCCUCCACUACCUGAUGGGGUGUCUGCAGCUCUUGGGCCUCAGUCUAGAAUCUAAUGAAAGAACGAUAGGUGGGCCAGCAGACCAGCCUGGCUCCUGACUGGGCACCGCGGC